AUGGCGACGACGGCCAAGGACGCGGUGCUGGCGCUGCAGCUCACGUGCCGGGGCGAUGCCGCCAGGGAGAGCACUCUGCGCGACUGGGUAAAGUUCCUGGAGGGCCGCUGCGAGACGGCGCUGCUGCAGAGCCUGCCCAAGACGCCCACUGGCGCGGCCAUCGACUGGCUCAAGCUGUACGAGGAGGUGGUGGCGCGCGGGGGCUUCGCGGUCGUCUCGCAGCGCCAGCAAUGGGCGGAGAUCCAGGGCGCCAACGGUCUCAACGUCAAGGGGCUGAUGCCCUACCAGCUGGCGGCGCACUACGACAAGUACUUGCGCGCGUUCGAGGAGAAGCAGCUCUUCGGCCGGGACCUCCCGCCGUCCCUGGCCACGAUGAGCGUGCUGUCCUCCAAGCGCCGCGCGCAGCAGAGCGAGAUGACGGACGACGACGCGCCCGUCGCCACGAUGCAGGACCUUCACGACGCCCAGGGCGGCACGGGCGGGACCCCGUUGCCGCGCGCGAACAAGCGGUUCAAGGCCCAGCAGGAGCUCCAGACGCACCUCGGGUCGCUGCACAACAUCGUGCUGGCGCUGGACUCGGACAUCCCGGAGCAGGUUAUGCAGGCGCUGAACCUGCUGACUGUUUUGUCGUACGGGGACAGCUCGGGCGAUGCGAAUGCGUCGCACCAGCACAUGCACCACCACCAUCAGACUGGGACGUCGGCCGCGACGAACGCCAAUGCUACGGCGAACGAGAACGAGCUGCUGGUGGACAACGUGCCUGGACUGCUGGACGCGCUGUAUCGGCAGUUGGUGGCGUGCAGGCUGCUGCCGAGUGAGAAGGAGCUGGAGCAGCAGCAGGCGAGAAGGAGGCUGCUGAAUCUGACGGUGGAGGACGGAGAGCGUGAACUGCUUGACUCCCGCGCGCUCAUGGUGCUGAACAUUCUGCGUAACUUGGCUAUCAUCGGCGCAAACGAGAAGCCGAUCGCCGCGCAUGACGAGCUGUGCGUCUUCUUCAUCAUGGCGCUGCGGUACGUGAACAGCAGCGACGCGCGGAAUUGCCGCGGUGGACGCUCUCGCGCGGCGGUGGAUAUUGGGGAUCAUGUGCUCGACACGCUGUGCGCUAUCUCGAAGCGCAUCGAUUUCCUUGCGCUCCACCCGCCCGCUGCUCUCGAGGUUUGGCACCCACAGUACCAGUUGAGUUCUCAACUGUGGAAGAAGGAGCGCGUGGUCCCGUUGGAGUGCCUGUUGCGCGAGCUGCGCCGCAUUCUCGUUGGCCGCGAACUCAAGCAGCAGCGGCGGUCCGUGGUGCUCCGCGCGUGUGAAUUGCUCACUAACGUGUGCCGUGAUGUUGGUAUCAAGAAGUAUCUAUCGUCGAGUGCUGCUCUUCAAGAUCCGGCUUUGCUGGACCGCGUCGUGGGGCUGAUGGGCUGCUCCCGGCAGGAGUUUCUACCUCGCGGAUCAAAGCACAAGCAACAGCAGCAAGCGCAUGGAUUCCCGGCAGAGGCAAACUAUGACAUGGAUGCAGAGGACUCGGAGGACUCCGAAGACGACGAGACGGACGGAGACGACAACAGCAGGUGGCCUGCACCAUGGGAAAACGACGGUCUGCCGUCCGGUAUCGGCAUGGGUGUUGUGUUCGUCAGCCCGGAGGGUGUUCGCCACACCACAUCAUCACCGCACGUCGGUGGAACUCAUGCAGCACACUCCGUGCAGUUUGGCGACGAAGCGAUUCAACUGGACCACGAAAUGCGUGAUGCUGCGUUGGAGGUGCUCUUCCGCCUGUCAGACUACGACGACGCCACCAAGCUUCGAAUGGCGCAGCACCCGACAUGCAUGAGGCGGCUAGCAGGCGCUCUUCUCUCCUGCGUCGGAAGGCCCGAAGCCUCUCGGAUCAUCGUGGCCACACUGUGCAACAUCUCGAUGAACCGCGCAACGUUCCCGUACUUCCUGGCGAUCGAGAAGGACCUGAUCCUGGUCGCGUGCUCCGACGUCAGCGUCUCGGAUAUCCUCAACAACGUCGUCGCCGACGUCUACGGCAUGCACUCCCUGUAA